CACAUCACGACCACGAUUCACAUAUCACAACUUCUCUCUUUUCCGGUAAAAACUUCCGCCAACGGAGACCGAUGUGUGUUCUGGUUGCCUAAAUUGACCGAAUCGGAAAGUUGUUUUCUUGAGUGCUUAUUGUCCUUUUGUUUGAUGAUAGAUACCACUUCAAACAAGCUUUUAAGAAGGAGAGCUGUUUCAGAGACUUUGAUGAAAGGGACUUGUGCUGAGAGUGUUGGUAAGAAGAGAAAGAGGAACGAGUAUGAUGAUAGUUGCAUUGCUAGAUAUAUCGGUGCUGUAAGUAACAAUAGAAGAGGGUCUAGUGACAAUGGAGAUGCAUGCAUAGGAGAAGAGUCGGCACAAGCAAACAUUUCUGAAUGUGUUGUUGGUCCAAAGUUUAACGACUUUAGUAAGCUGAGGGAAGAAGCAAACUUUAAAGUUGGUCAGACCUGGGCGCUUUAUGAUACAAUGGAUGGGAUGCCUAGAUUGUAUGCUCAGAUCAGGAAAGUUUCAGCUCCUUGUUUUGGUCUUAUGAUUACAUAUCUAGAGCCAGAUUCAAAUGAUGAGAAAGAGCUCCAAUGGUUUGAAAAAGACUUGCCUGUUUCUGUUGGUAACUUCAGGCUUGGGGAAAAUAAGAGCACAAAAGAUCGUUCAAUAUUUUCACAUGUUAUUCAUUGCAAUGAACGGAGCAACGCUAGUUGUUUCAGCAUCACUUGUCGUUUCAUCAGUACUUAUCAUUUUAGUGUAUCCCCUAGAAAUGGAGAGACUUGGGCGCUUUUCAAGAACUGGGAUAUUAAGUGGUCUUUAAAACCAGAUUCUCACCGCAAAUAUGAGUAUGAAUUUGUCAAGAUUCUGUCAGAUUACGCUGAUGAAACUGGUGUAUAUGUUGCAUACUUGCAUAAAGCAAAAGGAUUUGCUAGUGUGUUCUUUCGAAUGGGAAGAGGUUAUGAAGGUAUAUUUCGUAUUUUACCUCAGAGUUUGUAUCGGUUCUCCCAUAGGAUUCCUUCCUUUGACUGGAAUUGAAGGAAAAGGUGUGCCAAAAGAUGCUUACGAGCUGGACAAAGCUGCGUUACCAGAAACAAUCGAAGAGUUCAUCGUGCCUUUAGACUCUGAGAGUAAUAUAAAGUCUAAACGCCAAGAUAUAUACUUUGCUAGCAAGGGUAAUGUUUUUCUGACUGGCCAGAUUUGGUCAUUUUACUGUGGUGAUGAUUCUUUGCCUCUGUACUACGGUAGGAUUCAGAAGAUCACUUUUACCCAGGCAUUUAUGCAGGAUCCUGUAUGUAAAUUACAUAUAGGUCGGCUAAAGGCUACUCGUUUCCCUGCGGAUGUUAUCGACUGGGAAAACAAGGGAACGCCUGUUGGUUGUGGAACUUUCUACGCAAGAAAAGCUCUAGAAAUAAUCACCCCAAGUGAGGUUUCACUUCAGAUAACUCCUCAAACCUCUAUUGAUGGCAUUGAAUAUACCAUUCUCCCCAAGAUUGGCGAAGUUUGGGUGAUAUACAAAUACUGGAGUCGUGACAUGGAUGCAGAGGACUUUAGUUUUGCUUCUUAUAACAUUGUUGAAAUUCUUGAUGACACCUUGGAGUAUAAGGUCCAAUUGCUGAAGCACGACCCCUUUUAUAAAGAUCAUAAAAAGGAGAAUACGUUGUUAAGGGCAGUUAAGAAGAAUGAGAGCUGGGAAAUGGAAGGGUCGGGAUCGUAUAUACCAACAUAUACGAUCCCGAAAAGGGAAAGGAUCAGAUUCUCGAAUAAGGUUCCUGCUUCACGUGUAACCAUAGAGAUGUACGGAGAGCUAGUGGAUCUUAUAAGUGUUGAUUCUAGAGCAUUACCUUCACACCUAAUUGCUUCAGACCAUUGAGCGAAGAUGGUGAGGGAAGCCAGUGAUUCCUUUUUGUUAGAUUAUUGGGGCAUUUGGUGAAAAAGGGUUUUGUUUUUUCGGUUAAGAAUCUUAAGACUUUCUCCAUGAUGUAAGAAUGUUCUUAUCUAUGAUAUGAGAGAGCAAGUAUUUGCAGGU